AUGGUCGCCUGCCGACGAGCCAGGAGGCUCCGGUCGCGGUUGCCGCGAAAGCUGGCGCAGGAGGCGAUGGCGCAUCCUGGGCGGUUACAGCGGCCACACCCAUUAAACCAGCAGGCCGGGCAGCGAACAUUGCACGGUGUAGUCGUGUUCCAGUACGGCGAGGGGUGCUGCUCCAACGCGACGGCGCGUUCUGCGCCCCUGGCCUAUCAGCUGCUCCGGAGUCAUUUGCGAACCGGUCCGGGCGCUCGCUGCGGACCUGACGCCUUUGCCUGCGAACUGGUAGCCGAGGAGGUCGUUGUACCACCAUACGAAAAGGCCUUGGCCGGCACCGCCGCCUGGUGCGAACUGGUAGCGGAGGGCCCUGUCCUCGAAGAAGCCAUCGCUGCCUUGGCCACCAUGCUCUUCGUGGGUAGAGGCUUCACCGGUAUUGAUGCCGCGCAGACAAGGCCUUUGCCGCGACCUGAGUCCCUGUGA